AUGAGAUCAAGUAACACUAGAAAACACAGAAAUAUCUUGUAAUCAUAAAUAAAUGAUGUCUAACCAUACUAAUUUGAAGAAGAAACUUAGCCAUUAUAAGAAAAUGCGAAUUCAAACUAAAAUUUCUUUGAUUAUUCUAAGAGGUAUUGUACAUCUUGAUUUAGAAUUGAAACGAUUGAUAAAUUCUUGUAAGAAAUAUAGAGCCUUAAACAAAUGUCUUUCUAUAAAAACUGA